AUGAGUUCAAUUUCAGGAAUUUCUAAUAUUUCAUCAAUCACUAAAUCUAAAGCAAUCAACAACAAUAAAUCAUUAUUACCAAUUUCAAUAUUAUUAAAUGUUCAAAAAAUAUUGAAAAAAUCAAUUUUUUCAAGGAAAUUUUAUCAAGAAAUUAAUGAUAAAGUAUUAAGUAAAUCUUCUACAGUGGAUCAAAAUUUAUAUUUUAUUUGUUAUUUUACUUUAUUAAUUUCUGCUAUUUUAAAUAAUAAACCAAAAAUCAUUUAUUUUUUGAAAAAUCAAUGGUAUAAAUUUAUACAAUUAAUCAAAAAUACUACUGGUAUAUCAUCAACAACAACAACAACAACAACAACAGCAACAACCGAAAAACAAGAAACUAACCGUAUUGGUUCUUCUUAUUUGGAUAAAAUUUUAAAUCCAAAACCUCCAAUUUAUAUUGAAGGAAAACCAUCAAAAUUAGCUUAUCAUUUGAAAAAAAUCAAUAGUUAUUUAGCUGAUAUAAGAAUUUUCAAUCGAUUAACUGAUUCCAUUAAAUAUAUGCCAUGGAUAAUUGAUGAAUAUCAAUCAUUUAUCAAUAUAAAUGGGGAUAUUCCAAAAUUUGAUAGAUUUAUUAAUUUAUUACAAUCAUUAAAUUGUCUUAUUUUAGAAAUUUUAGAAAAUUUAGGAUGGUUAACUGAUCAUGAUUGGAUAAGUACUGGCAAUAAUGAAUAUUGGUGUAUUGAAACUUAUAUUUGGUGUUGUCGAGUUUGGGGGGUUUAUUUAUUAAUUGAAAUUAUGGAAAUUAUUCGUAAAACUCCAAUGAAUAAAUGGUUAAAUAAUAAACAAUGGCAAAUCAAUUUAUUUAAAAAUAUUAUUCAAUUACCUUUAGUUUUACAUUGGUCAUUAAGAAAUGGUUGUUUAAGUCCAUUUUGGGUUGGUGUUUGUGGUUCAGGAGCAAGUUGGUGGAAUUUUAAAGAUAUGUGGAUGUCAAUAGAUUUAUCUUAG